AUGAGCGACUGGAGCAGCGCAGUGUCCGGCAUGGUCAUGUUUCGCGAUGGCGAGGCCUUUCUACGCUUGACUCCUGGUGCACCCUCAUCUUCGGCGCCGACCUCAUCGGCUUCAACGACUGCGAAUGCAGCCACCGCGGCUCCACCAUGGGGAGUCGUUCGCAACGACACGGCCAUGAUGAGCGCAAUCGAGAAGAAUGAGGUGGAGGUUCAUCCGUCGCGGCUGCCAAUGUCCUCCAAGGACUUGGGCACGAUGCUCAACAACGUGCAAAGGGCCCUAAAGAUCACGAUCGGGAAGAACGGCGAUUGGUCUUCCGAGGCCAACGAUAUCUUCCUCAAGCAGCUCGCCAAACGCAAGCGCAUCGCCAAGGCAAUCCCCCAGGCUAUCUUGGAUGCCCCGCUCGCCAUUGAGGACGCGAAGGGGGCGGGUGACGAGGAGAGUCAGGUCAUGGAUCCCGGUAACACGACCGAGCACAACCACAACGACGAUGACAAGGCGGUGGAGCACAACCAAGACGAGGACCACGGCAGUGACGAGUCCGGUUCCGAUGACAGCUCGUCAACUUCAAGCUCCAGUGAGGCUUCCAUUGAGCGGAAGAAGCAGAUUAUCAGGCAGCAGGACACAUCAACGUGGACAACAGGUUGGCACGAUGCGUGGGAGAGCAUGAAACUUGUACUCGAUGAAGGCUUUCACAAUGCGAAGAGGCGCCGUCUUGCGUACAAAGUGUUGACGGCUCUCAGAGAUGCCAAGAUUGAGUGGGAUCGCUCGUGA